AUGUUACUUCUUUUUACUAUUACCAUAAUUUUGCUUGUGUCAAGUACAAGAAAUCAGAUAAUCUUGUAAGGAAAAUCACAUUUAAUAUAGAUAACAAAUAGAAAUGGGAUGUAAAACAUCUAAAAAUGGAGUUUGUUAGGAAUUAUGCCCAUUAGGAUAAUUUGAUUGUGAGAACUAUUAAAUAAAAUGUGAAUAUGGGUACUUCCUACAAUUCGAAAAUACAUGUGUGCUAUGGUAAGAUGGGAUAUGUAUGUAGUCCUUAUUAAAAGGUGAUCGAUAGCUUUACAUUAUAUUGUAUGGAUUGUGUUGAGCAUCCAUAUACUUGGUGGAGUAAUAGAACUUGUUCAUAUGAAUACUCAAUUGAAAGUGGAGAUUACAUGAAAGGAACUUUUGUUCGUAGAGUGAAAGAAUAUAGCGAAUUAUAUUUUAUAGGUCCUUCAACUUCAAACGGAGUGAAUAAGGAUUCAAUAAUAAGAAAUGUAAAUGUAUUAGAGAAUAGUAUAGGUUUAAUAUUUAUACCAAACUUAUAUUUGUUCAGGUUGUAAAAGAUUUUGCAUUCCUGGGACAAGUAUAAAUUGUAAUAGUAUAAGUUCACCAUAUGCUGAAGAUAAUGGUAUAAUUGGGAUUGAAUGUUUAUAAACAUAUGAAUAUAAAAAUCAAUUGUGUAUUAGUUGUCCACCAGAUUGUUUAAGAUGUUCAAAUGGUUAAUGUUCCUAAUGUAAUGAUGGAUAUAUGAUUAAGAAUGGUUUAUGCUAAAAAUGUUAGGAUAGUUGUUUAAAUUGUUUUGUGUUGUAAUUGUAGACAAUAUGUACUAAAUGUAAAGAGGGAUUGGUAGCAUCUUUGGAUUAAUAAAAAUGUGAGGAAUGUGGUAAUGAAUGUAAAAGAUGUGAAUAUGUAACGUAUUUUUCUGAUGUUCAAUAUCAAUAUCCAUCAAGAAUUAUGAUAAAAAUAGAAGAUAAGAGCAAAUAAAAUUAAUACAUUAAAAGAUGUAGAUAAUGUUCUACUAAUAGUUUUGUAAGUCAUAAUGGAAUAGACUGUGUUACAUGUCAAAUUCCAAAAUGUGAUUUAUGUUAUUAUAAUAUUAGGGGUGAUGUAACAACUAUGGAUUAUGAUUUUGAACCUAGUAAAAAUAAUGAUGUUGUAUCUAAUUUAUAUUGUUUUAAAUGCAUCAGUGGUUAUACUGUUAGUGCAGAUAAAUAGAAUUGUGUACCUUCAAUUCCAAGUCCAGAUAGAUGUGAUAGGAAAUACAUGGAUGGACCAGCAAAAUGCAGACAAUGCUUAUAAAAUGUUAUACUUGAUUAAUUCAGUAAAACUUGUUCUAAUUCAUGUACUUCUUAUAUCGCUUAUUGCAAAAAUUGUUUUUCUUAUAAGAGUUUAGAUUAAUCAUAAUAUACAGAUGGAUCUGGCUAAAUAUUCACUAAAGCUGCUCAAACACUUUAUUAAUGUAUAUAAUGUAGCAAUGGAUAUUAUCCAAAUAUAUUUACUGGGUUUUGUGAUGCUUGUCCUAAUAAUUGUUACUAAUGUUGGCAAUAUUCUUAGACAUAUAAUUUCACAGAUUAUUUAUUAAAAAUGCAACCAAUUAGUAAUUCAUUAAAAGAGACUUUCUUAAAUGAUAUUCCUAUUAAUAUUUAAUGUACAUAAUGCAACUUUGGAUAUCAAUUAUAUGGUAAUGAAUGUUUAGGUUGCAGUAGUAAUUGUUAAGUAGAGAAUCAAAUUGUGAGUGAUGAUUCUAUUAAUAGUUGUGUCUUUAAAUCAACUUAUGCUUUCUGUGGAGAAUGCUAUGAUACAUUUAAUGAUAGAUCUUUAGUUAAAGAUAAAUCUGAAUGCAUUGAAUGUCCCUUAAAUUGUUUAGCCUGUAGAGAAAGAGAAUCUUAUGAAAUCACUAACUUAUAUUUCAAUCCAGAUAAUUCCAACUUGCUACAAUAUGGUAGAUUAUGUUAUAAAAUUUAAACUAUGACUAUGUCUAAUCUUUAAAGCAUUUCAUAUAAUUCCUAUUUGAAUCUCCCUAUUUUAUGUCUCUAUUCCUAAGUAGCUUCAACAAAUACUAAAAGAUGUAGACAUACUGCUCAAAUUACACUUCAUGUUUAUUGUGAUGACGAUUAAUAUAAUUCUAUUUAUUCUACUUUGACUGAUAAUCAAAAAUUGUAUCAUUAUAGUUUAAAUGAUUACUAUUAUAUUGAUGUAACUGAUAUUGCUCUUAUUGAAUUUUCAGAUUUAGAAACUUUUCAAUUAUAUUAAACCAUGAAUUAAGGACCCCUAGAAGAAUUGACACUCAACAUAUUAUUUACUAAUUCUAAUGAUUACAAAUGUACUUUUAAAAAAUCCACAUCUUUGAUAACUUAAUUCCAUAAAAAUGUUUAUGCUCUCACCAAAUUUUAAGUAAUCAUCUAAAGUGCACAUGAUUUGCCAAUUACAUUUGAACUUACUGACAAUUUCUAUUUAUAGGAUUUCCCUUUUAUUAUGAUCAAAAAUAUUAAUAUUUAUUCUAAUCUAUAGAAUAAUUUUGGAUUGAUUAUUACUAAUACCAUUUCUUCAACCUAUCUAUAAAUAGAAUUUUGUAAACUUGGAUAUUUGUCAAAUAAAUAGUAUAAUUCAUAAAUAUUUACUCUUAAUUUAGAAAACUUAAAUUAUUUAGAAUUAAAGGAUGUUUACAUCUAAAAUUUAUUAUAUAAUGAUUAAAUUAAUAUAAAUUAGGAGAAAAUUAACAACUACAAGUUUGAGUUCACAAAUCUAUAUUUUUAGAACAAUUAAUUUAUAAAUAAUACAAUAUUUCCACUUACACCUUAUAGCACAAUAAAUAUUGAGAAUUUAGUCAUUUCAGAUUGUAUAUUCAAUAGUUCCUCUUUGUUUAUAAAUCAACAAGAGUAUUAAAUAUUUGUUUCUACCUUUUUUAUUAAUUAAUUAAAGAUCAAAUAGACUCAUUUUUAUCAAUAAUCAAGUAUAAUAAAAUCGAGUUAUUUUUAUUAAUUAUCUAUCAAUUAAUUAGAUAUAAUUGGAAAUAGAUUUAAUGAUAGUGAGUUAUUUAUAAGUAAUACCUACUAGAUUAAAAAUGUAUUUAUUUAUAUGAAUGUUUUUACUAACGAUUCUUUAAUUUUUACAACUGCAGAUUAAGUUCCAGAUUCAUCAUCAUUUUAUGAUUAGAUAAAAAAUAGUCCAUAUGAAAUAUAAAAUGUAAAAUUUGUGGAAAAUACUUGCUACAAUAUUAAUUGUUUUAUGUUAUUAUAAACUCCAUAUAAUAAAAAGGAAAUACAUAGUAAUUUAAUAAUAAAGAAUUUGAAGAUAUAUAAUAAUUAUGUAGAAUUAUCAUUAGUCUAAAGAUAAUCAGUAUCUUCUGCUAUUAUUAGAGCAACAGAAAUGAGUAGAGUGAUUUUAAUUAAUAUUGUAAUUGACACUUAAUUAUCAAUAUCAGUGCUAUCCUUUUAAGAGAUAGCUUCUUUAGAAGUGACAAAAUUUUUAUGUGAUUUCUCAAAUAAUAUAAUUGGCAAGAAAGACACUAGUCCUCGUACAAAGAUUGAAAAUAAUACAAUUAUACAAUACCCAUUUAAUAAUAAACUUCCAAGCAAUACUAGUUGUUCUUAUUAAAAAGAAUCUUUUGGUGGUUAUAAUGGAUAUUGUUUGGAUGUUUAAGAUUUUUUGUAUGGAGUAAAGAUCAGCGAUGCUUCACUUAAAGGACUUCUAGGAAUUGAUAAUGGAUUCAUUUAUAUUUAAUCUUAUGAAUCAUUAAUGAAGUAAACUAGUAAUUUCAUCAGUUCAAAUGUAAUUAACAAUCCAGAGAACUUUUAUUCAGGUUAUAAAAAUGAGGUGAUUAUUUUAAAAAAUAUCAACAUAUUUAAUACAUCGAUUGCAAUAUCAGAUCCAGUUACUAAUAUUGGAAGUAUCAUUAUUGAAUCUGAUUAAAUUUAAACUAUUCUUAUUGAUACUGUUUAAUUGAUAGGUAAUCAUCUACAUUAAUUGGUUGAAUCAAUUACUUUAGAAAUAUCAACAUGUUUUACAAUUCUUAGUCCUAAUAGUUUUGUAUAUAUUAAAAAUUUAGUUGCUUAAAAUAAUAGAGCUUCAUAAUCAUAAUAUGGUAUCAAUAUUAUCAAAUGUUAAUCCUUAAAAUUAAUUUAAUGCUUGUUCAAUUAUACAAAUAUUAUGGAAUCUAAUUGGCUAGAUAGAUUAGAGGAAUAUCAAGUUGAUAAUUAUUCUCAAUUCUUAGGACAAUUUAAUAUAGAAUCUGAAGGUUCAAAUUUAUAUAUUCAAUGUAAAAAAUUAGAAAUAGACUAAAUUAAAUUUUUGAAUUCCAAAUCUUUAAUGGGAACAGCAAUUUAUUUUUUAGGUUAAGAUCUAGUAUCCAUUGUUAUUAAUAAUACUGAAUUUACAAAUCUUACUACAUCAUUGGAAUAUAUAGAUUAAGCAAAUGGUGGAGCAUUGUAUCUUAACUUACAGAAGUCCAAUUAUGAUAUUAGUUUGAACAAUGUUACUAUGAAUCACAGUUAAGCUAGAGUAGCUGGAGGAUGUAUUUAUGUUUAAACAUCUAUGUAUGAAUAGUAAAUAUCCAUCAAUGGUAGUCAAUUUAUAGAAUGUUCAUCAUUAUAGAGUUCUUUCAUAGAUAUUUAAUUUUCUUUGUCAUCGUUGGUUUUGCCUACUUUGAGUAUUAGAAAUACAAAUAUAAUAAAUAAUAAUUUUGAAGGAUUUUUAAAAUAAUUAGUGGAUAUCAGUUUUGAAGAAGAGCUAUAAAUUGUUUCUGGAGUAAGUUUGAUUAGAUAGAAUUAUGGUAUUUUGGAAAUAUAAUCAAGUUAAUUUAUCAAUAUAUAGAUUCAAGGUUUGAUGGAACUUACUAAUAUGUUUUUAGUUAUUUUGUAAGAUUUGAUAAUAAAAGAUAUUACAAUAUUUACUUAAUCUUUAAUAGAUAUUACCCAUUACACAAAAUAAUCAUCAGUAGAAUUGUAGAAUAUAUUAAUUAACAAUAUAACUGAAUAAAUAGUAUUGACAUAAGAAUAAUUUCUCUUUAAAUUUAAUAGCUAAUGUCAAUCGAUAUCUUCAAUUUUUGAACUACCAAAAAUUUAAACUUGUGUAGAGUAAGAAGAGUUAAGAUAGUUUUACUAGGAUAUAUAUGAUUAUAGAUAAAUAUCUUAAACUAAAUUAGAUAAUAGUUCAUUGUAUGAAUAUUAUGAUUCAUUAUCAGAUUCAGAUAAGUAUUAAUUGGAUGAAAUAAAAUUAAAUACAGUUCGAGAGAUUAAAUCAUUUUAUUCUUCAAGUAAUAUAAUUUUGUUGGAAAAUGUAAUAAAAUAAAAGGACUUUAGUUUAUGUUAUUUGACAAAUUUGGAAUAGACAUAUUAAAUUGUUAAUAAUCCAAACUUUAUAAAAUUAAGUAAAGUAAAAUCAACAAAUGUUAUUAAUAUGAUAUCUGUGACUAUAAAAAAUACUUAUUGUAGUAGAUGUAAGGAAGGUCUGAUUUUAAUAAAUAACUAUGAUAGUAAUGCAUAUAAUUCGACGAACAUCAUUGGAUUGAAUUGUUAAAAUAAUGUAAUAGGUUAUUUUGGUUGUUUGGUUAUAACCACUCUAUCGAUUCCUUAAUUCAAUAUCACCUAUAAUAAUAGAAUUUUGUAGAGUUCAAAUUCAACUUUACAAUACAACAUUAGAUUAUAACAGAGUCUAUUUUAGAGUAACACUGCUGAGAUAGGUGCUGGUCUAACAAUAAUUGGAUUGAGUAUAUAAAUAACGGAUAGUUAAUUUAUGGAUAAUAGAGCAACAUUGAUAGGUGGAGGGAUUGCAUUUGUAUACAAUUCAGAUAUUUAGAAUAUAUUAGAUUAAUAUAAUAACAAUUAUAUUAAUAAUGAUGCUUAAUUAGGUAGUGCAGUAUAUAUGAUGAAUAAUAAUCUAAAUAAUUUGGAUAAAUCAUAAAUCUACAUUCACCAUAAUAGCAAUACUUAAAUAGAGUAGAUACCAGAAAAGUUAAGUUUAAUGAUGUAAAAAGGAAUUUUGAUGAGGAUAUCAACAUUCUAAGAUAUUGAUGGAGACUUAAAUAAUGAUAAUGUUAUUGAUAAUUAAAAUCUGUAAAUUAUUGAUGUAGUAAAUAUUUAAUCAUCAAAAAUACCAAACUUAGAAAGUAAUUAUUUAUUACUUCCAUCUGGAUAAUAAAUGUCAUAAUAUAAAUAUUAUUAUGAAGAAACAUAAGAAUAAAUACCUUACAAUUGGAUUUUCAGGAUUUUCAAUUUAGAUAAGGAUUAAAAUAUCAUUAAAUCAAUAUCAUCUACUGAAACUUGUACAGUCUCAGGUCGAUUAAUGGAUGAAUUAAAUUUAGAUUACACUAAAUAGUUUUUAAUGAAUUUCACAUCUUAAUCAGUGUUUUAAUUUGAUUCAUCCAGUAACUCUUUUAAUUUUGAUAACUUAUAAAUAUAUUUUGAUCCAUACUUGUAAGAGAAUCUAUACUUACAACUAAAAUGUAAAUUAUUGAUAUUAAUUUAUUAGUUUAAUGCACUUCCAUUAAGAUUCCAAUCUAUAAUUAAAAUGCUCCAUAUAAUGUACUUAAUUAUAAUAAAAAUUAUGCUCUAUAUUUGAAUGUGAGAACAAUUCCUUGUUAAAUAGGAGAAGCAUAUGUAGAUUAGAAAUGUAUCUCAUGUAGUUAAACAAAUUCUUAUUCUGUUGUAGAGAAGAGUGUAUAAUGUAAAGGCAUGAAUUCGAUAUAAAUGGAGGAGAUUACUGCAGUAAGAAUUAAAUUGAGAGAAUAAUAUUGGAGACCUUUUGCUAAAAAUGAUAAUAUUGAAGAAUGUUAUAAUCUACCAACGAAUUGUUUAGGUGGUUGGGUUCCAGGAGAUAUUUCCUGUUAUGAUGGUCAUAUUGGUGCUUUAUGUGAAUAAUGUGAUAUCUAUGGAAUUAGAGGACCUUAAUAUUCUGUUAGUAAAAAAUAUACUUGUGGAGCUUGUUCAGACACUAUUGAAUCAAAUAUUCUUAUAAUUAUUGGUAUUUCCAUUUUCACUCUUCUCACCAUGAUUAUGUCGGUGAAAGGCAAUUAUUAAUUCAUAGAGAAUCUAGUUCAUUAAUAGGUUCUUUAAUCUAUUGGAGCUAGAAUUAACAUUUAAUCAAGUAUAUUUUCUAUUUAAUUAUUAGAUAAUGCAUCCAUCAUUAUGAAACAAUUAAAUAAUUAUUUAUAAAUCAUUGCUUCCUUAACUACAUUUAGAAUAUCUAUACCUACUGCUUUUGUUUCUUCUAUGGAAGUCUUAGGAAAUCCUACAUAAUCUAUGGCAUAUUCCUUAGAUUGUUUCUUAGUUACUUUAGCUACUAUUGAUUUAUUGUAUUUCAGAAUGGCUUGGGCUCUGUUAAUGCCGCUUUUUUAUAUGAUCAUUUUCUUUUUUGGAUAUUUUACAGGAGUGCUUAUGAGAAUUGCUCCCUUUAAAAUUGGAAUCAUUUAUACUACCUUCAUUUAUAUGUUCAUAUAUUUAUAACCUACAUUAGUUGGAGGAUUCAUAUCAUUAUUAAGUUCAAGAACUGUUAGUGGAAUUGAAUGGGUCUAAAGCAAUGUUAGUUAUCAAUAUUAUACUGAUAUGCAUUAAUAUUUUAUCUAUAUAUUUAUUGGACCCAAUCUUUUACUGUGGAGUAUCAUAUUACCAUUAACAUUUAUGUAUCUUAUUAGAAGAAAUAAACAUUAAUUAGAAACUAUGGAAAUUAGAAAACGAUGGGGAUUCUUCUAUCAUGAAUACACUAAUUAAGCAUAUCUUUGGGAAUUUGUUAAAAUCUUUGAAAAAGAACUUGUAAUUAUUUCUCUAACAUACUAUGAAAACAAAAUUGUUAUUAAAGGAUUAAUUAUAUUUCUUCUUGUUUUCAUUUAUGGAGCCUUCUCAUUUGCAUUUAUUCCUUAUAAACAAAAAAAACUUAAUUUCAUAGACUAAAUGUCAACUGCAGUUUGCUCAUGCUCUUUAUGUUUAGGAGUUCUAAUUUAUGCUAGUUAAAAUGAGAAUUUAGAUUAUUUACAAUAUAUCAUGUUCUUAAUCAUUAUUAUUAUUAAUACUCUUCUAAUUAUUUUAAUUCUUUAUCAUCUACUUGAAGGAUACAUUAAUUAAUUUGAUGAUAAAUUAGAUGUUGUAAGAACUAAAUUUAAACUCAAAUUUCCUAAUAUUGAAUUCUAAUACCCCUGCCUUAAAAAACUUUUAAUUAAUAAAAAGGAAAUGAAAGAAAAAGUUAUUAAUUAUUGGGCCAUUCUUAGAUAUGAAACUAGAGAAGGUAUUAAAAGAAAACGAAAAGAUAAAAAUGCACCAUUGUUAAUAUACAGAAGAAAAAAAUCCACUUCAGGUUCUUAAGAUAUAUCGGAGAAAGAUUUAGAUAUGAAAUAAAGCAACUCUAUGGAUUAACAUAGAGAUGUGAAUAGUCCAGAUAGAGAUGGGAAAGAUGAUAUCAAAUUACUCAAAAGACCAAGUUCUCAUUAUUAAGGAUUGGUUGUUCAAUAAUAAAAUUCUUUGGAAUCAUCCCAAGAGAAUUUGAGUAAAGUAUUUCCUGAAGUUAUUUCUGAAAUCCCUUCGUCUCGCAAAGAAGAAAAAAAAUAACAAAAAAUAAUCUUAAAGAAGCCAUUAUGA